AUGCAGGCAGAUAUGGAGGAGGCAGAAGAACAAAGUUUUAAGACCAAAGGUGGCGGAGUCAUCUUCCGUGAUCAUGCGCUACUCGUGACGCAACAGCACACAUCGACCACAUAUAGCAUAGCAGCCUGCCUCUCGAGAGUCGCAGAUGCAGAAUGGGCGCGGUCAUGUGAAAGAACUGCAGAUGUGGCGGAGGGAAAUUGCCAAAAGUUUUUGCAUACAAUAACUCCUUUUGUUUGUGGUGGCCCUACGAGUAUCACUUCGAGAUUCGUCGGCACAGUAGUGCUCUUCUGUGCCUUCAUCGCCUUUGUUUUCGGCUUAACUUCAGUAGGGCAAUUCUUCCAGCAAAGGCAGUUGUCCACAUUCGCCGCUUCGCCCUCUAUGGCAAUUAUCGCUGGCAUCAGCCAAGGCUUCGCAUCAAUCACGAACAUCAUCAUUUUUAUUGCGAUGUGUUGGUCAUUGCGUCCAGCACAUUAUCCGGACAUGCUCCAGCCCGAGGGGGUGGUUGAAAACCUCGUUGUACUGUUUAUUGGCCGUGGCCUGGGACUCGCCCUAAUCAUGUUUCCCUUGGUCAGCAUCAUUCAGCUGGUGUAUCUUAAGUGGAACAUGCAAUGA